CCUAUCUACCUAACAGGUAGCUCGACGGGGGGGAAAAAAAUAGAGCUGUACCAACGACAAUCAUUCCUACCUCCGCUCCAUUGCAAGAUAGGCGCCAUGAUCAAAGGUUCCUAUUCCACCGCCCCCGAUGCAUCGCCGGAUUUCGGAGCUACCGUAGUCGACGACCAGAUUCCCUCUUCCGAAGAAGACGACGACGAGGAAUUGAGCCCCGGUAUCGAGGACCCCGAACUCGUCGACAAUGUGGACGAUGGCAUCUCCGCCACGGACAAGACCGGUGCCACUAAGUCGCAAACGAGUGCUGCAGCAGCUGCAGCAGCAGAGACCGAUCACAGUGCGGGUGACGAUGCACAAGCUGCGGGCUUGUUGCUACCCAGGGACAAGCAGCGUCGCACUGCCUUCUACGACUAUGCUUCCGAGAAGCAGAUGAGUCACUCCGAGGCCAAGCAGUUCUAUCAGCGACACCAGCUAGAAAGUCAGUACGGCGGAUCCCAGGCCGGUGACCCAUACAGUCCUGUCAUCCGCGCAAAGACUUUUCCCGCAAACUUUGCUUCCGGCGCCGCUGACACAGCCGACGUUGAGAGUGUGCGAUCCCGGAAAAGCAACAUUGGUGGGGGGCCAUCGCAGGGCCAAAAACCUACUCUUCCCAUCGGCUUGUCGCAAGCAGACCACCCACAUUCACGCCAAGCAUCGUCUUCGCAGCCCUAUGCUACAGCCAGCCACUCCAAUGCUGCCCCUGAUCCUUUUAUCCACGCAGACCGCCACGCGCGAGAUCACCACCACCACCCUGAUCUUCCCCACGAGCACAAACCACUGCUCGCAGAAGAGGGCAUCCACGGUGCGGGAGCAGGUGUUGGCAUUGGGGGCGGCGCCGGAGGCUUCGCCAUGUCAGAUGCUAGCAUAACGGCCGAGUUGAGUGCCAUUUAUACAAACAUACAGAAAGUACUCGACCUCCGCCACAAGUACAUACGUCUGUCACUCCAAGGCAGCUUUGACAACCCCAAAGAUGAUCCAUCUUGGCGCAUCUAUCCCCCUCAUCCGGUGCCUGUAUGGGACGACUCGUCAAAAAGCCGCCAGAAUCCAUCCAGCAGCAUGCAGAAUAGUGGCAUCAUUGAGCCCGAGACACCCGUCAAACCCCCCAGAAAAAUGGGCAAGGAUAUCGGAGAGGAUUUUGAUAUGGGUGAUCUUUUGCCCCUACCUGGCUCUUCUGAGAUGUCUUUCCGCCUCGACAAAAGCGGUGUUUUCCAGGUGUACGAGACAACCAAGUCCGCCGAGCUCGAUAUGCCUAUCGUAGCGAUCCCUACUCUGCGAGAUUUUUACAUGGACCUGGAUGCUAUUCUAGAGAUAUCUUCCGAUGGCCCUAGCAAGAGCUUCGCAUUUCGACGCCUGCAAUAUCUCGAGGGCAAGUUCAAUCUUUUCCAUCUGCUUAAUGAGUAUCAAGAGACGGCAGAUAGCAAAAAGGUGCCCCAUCGUGAUUUCUACAAUGUCCGGAAAGUGGACACCCACGUCCAUCAUUCGGCUUGCAUGAAUCAAAAGCAUUUGCUACGCUUUAUCAAGUCCAAGAUGAAGAGAACCCCAAACGAGGUUGUGCUCUUCCGUGAUGGCAAAGAACUCACACUCGAAGAGGUGUUUGAGUCUAUCAACCUUACGGCGUAUGAUCUUAGUAUUGAUACCCUCGAUAUGCAUGCUCACACGGAUUCAUUCCAUCGCUUUGACAAGUUUAACUUGAAGUACAACCCAGUUGGCGAGUCUCGCCUUAGGACCAUUUUUCUGAAAACAGACAAUUUCAUCAAAGGCCGUUAUCUGGCUGAGAUUACAAAGGAGGUCAUAUCUGAUCUCGAGUCGUCCAAGUACCAGUUUGUGGAAUGGCGCAUCUCCAUCUAUGGCCGCGAUAUCGACGAAUGGGAUAAGCUUGCUGCAUGGGUCAUUGACAACAAGCUCUUUUCACCCAACGUGCGCUGGCUCAUUCAAGUGCCUCGUCUGUAUGAUGUCUACAAAGCUACUGGAUUGAUGGAAAAUUUCCAGCAAGUCAUUGUCAACCUGUUCCAGCCACUCUUCGAAGUUACCAAGGAUCCCAAUAGCCAUCCGAAAUUGCACGUUUUCUUGCAGCGAGUCAUUGGGUUUGACAGCGUAGACGAUGAGAGCAAAGUGGAACGUCGAAUGUUCAAAAAGUUCCCUUUUCCCCACGAAUGGUCUACAAAGCAAAAUCCGCCAUACAGUUAUUGGAUGUAUUAUCUCUUCUCCAACAUUUCGUCCUUGAACGUCUGGCGUAAACAACGUGGCUUCAACACGUUCUUGCUCCGACCUCAUUGCGGUGAGGCUGGUGACACGGAUCAUCUUGCCGCAGCUGUGCUCUGCAGUCACAGCAUAAGCCACGGACUUCUCCUGCGCAAAGUCCCGUUGCUGCAAUACAUCUUCUAUCUCGAGCAGAUUGGUGUCGCUAUGUCUCCGCUCAGCAAUAAUGCACUCUUUUUAGCUUACGAGCGCAAUCCGUUUAUGAGUUACUUCCGACGUGGUUUGAAUGUCUCACUUUCCACGGACGAUCCGUUGCAAUUCGCAUUUACGAAGGAGCCAUUGAUUGAAGAGUACUCAGUUGCAGCACAAAUCUACAAGCUCAGUGCAGUCGACAUGUGCGAGUUGGCCAAGCAUUCAGUCGAGCAGAGCGGCUUUGAGCACACCAUCAAGCAACGCUGGAUAGGCGCCAACUAUCACCUCCCGGGGGUAGCCGGCAACGACGUAGCCAAAACCAAUGUACCUAGCAUUCGCGAAGCGUUCCGACACGAAACCCUUAUGCAGGAGCUUGGCAUGAUUGAGCGAUACACGCGUGCAUCUGAAGACAGCAGAAACGCGCUGACAGCGUCAAACCUCGAGCCAACUGCAGCACCGGCUCCUAUAAAAUCAUCAGCAUCUAACCACGCUACCCACCCAGGUUCCCCAGUUGCAUCUCAGCAACAACAUCCGCCCAGCUCAGGUCAAAACCAAUUCUCCACCCUCCCACCAGGCGUCAUGCCACACAAUGCCCAGUCUCCCCUCUUCUCUACGCAACAAGCUCGCAUCCCCACUAGCUCUAUCUUAGAUCUGUCAAGCCAGGCCUCCCAAACGCAGCCUACAUCACCCACGCACGCAAAAGCUGCAUCAGACUUUGAACGUUCGCGUCGUGUUUCUACUAUAACGAUGGGCCUUGGAAGCACUAUACCGCCUCAACCUGUAGAGGCCUCUACAGCAGUUGCUAGUAUGUCGCAAUGGUCUCUACAAGACGAGUCACUUAAUCUUGCCCGUACUGCAAGCACAGUUACUCUUGAAGGCACAGAGCCUAGAAUGUUUCCUGGUGUUGUUAGUAGGCGGCGCCGGAGCAGCAUUCGUAGCAGCGCUAUUGAUGAUGGAGAUGUAGUUGUUGCAAGAGGAGGUGUAGAGAUAAAGAAGAGUGGAGGAAAUGCUGUAGUUGACGAGGAUAGUGUAUAG